AUGGCUUUAGAAGGACGAGAAAUUCGAAUAGGCAACAAGUAUAAACUUGGCAAGAAAAUUGGUGCUGGUUCUUUUGGUGAAAUCUAUUUAGGCAACAAUAUUAUGAGUGGUGAAGACGUUGCAGUGAAAAUGGAAAGUAUACGUGCAGCACAUCCUCAACUUGAAUAUGAAGCUAGAGUAUAUAAGACACUUGCUGGUGGUGUUGGUAUUCCUUUUGUACGAUGGUAUGGCAAAGAAGGUGAACAUAACGUAUUGGUGAUGGAUUUAUUGGGUCCUUCUAUGGAAGAUUUAUUCAAUUUUUGUAAAAGACGAUUCUCUCUCAAAACUGUUUUACUCUUAGCUGAUCAAUUGCUUUCUCGUGUUGAAUAUGUUCAUUCAAAAGGAUUUAUUCAUCGGGAUAUCAAACCAGACAACUUUCUAAUGGGUAUUGCAAAACGGGGAAAUCAAGUCAACAUGAUCGAUUUUGGCCUUGCGAAACGAUUUAGGGAUCCAAAGACUAACGCUCACAUCCCUUAUAGGGAGAACAAAAAUUUGACUGGUACUCCACGCUAUGCUAGUGUCAAUACACAUUUAGGUAUUGAACAAUCUCGACGGGACGAUUUGGAAUCUUUGGGUUAUAUCUUGGUCUACUUUUGUCGUGGUCAACUUCCUUGGCAAGGUAUUAGGGCUCGUACGAAAAAGGAAAAAUAUGACAAGAUUAUGGAAAAGAAAAUGAUUACUUCUGCUGAUGCUUUAUGUCGUGGUCUACAUCAAGAAUUCGUCAUAUACCUCAACUAUGUUCGAUCUUUACGAUUUGAUGACAAACCUGAUUAUUCUUAUCUACGAAAAUUAUUCCGUGAUUUGUUUGUCCGUGAAGGUUUCCAAUAUGAUUAUGUAUUUGAUUGGACUAUUCGAAAAAUGCAUGAAAAGAAGAUGGCGGAAGCAAGUCCAACUGCACCUUUGGAUCCACCCCUUUAUACGUCACCAGCUGCUCCAUAUGAUGCUGCUGCAUUACCAAGUCAACAACGUCGUGCUAUGAUGGGUGCCUUACCAGCAAGUGGUGCUACAACUGGUCAUCAUCGAACUCAACAGCAACAAGUACAACAACAACAAUACCGUACAGAUACCAACAAAUCUCCAGAAACAUCGAAACGAUUGGAUGAUGUUAUGUUGCAAUACCAACAACAACAACGCAUGUUACAACAUCAAAACUAUCAAUCAUCAGGUUUACAACAACAAACAUCUCCAUCUCAACAACAACCUCAAGAUGCUGCUUAUUUGAAUUAUGGUUAUGCUACUGGAUCAAAUGGACGAAUUCUUAUGAGAGAAACUCAACCUGGUGGUAAGUCUUUAUGUAGUUAUAAACUAUUUCUUUUAUUACUGUGA